GCUCGCACCGGGACCGCAUCAGGCACCGAGACCGCCCCGGGACCACCUUGGGACCACCCCGGGCUCUGCUCCGAGCCCGCCCCGGGACCAGCCCGAGCCCUGCACCGAGCACCGGGACCGCCCCGGGCACCGCACCGGGACCGCACCGAGCGCCUCGAACCGCCCCGGGACCGGCCCGAGCCCCCGCAGGGUCCCGCCAUGGCUCUGGUGCUGCAGCUCCGCUCCGUCUCCGGCCUCCGCGGCAAAGGCGACCGCAUCGCCAAGGCGGCGUUCCGGGGGCUUUCCUUCUACACCCGAGUGAUGGAAAACUGCGAGGACGAGGCCAGGUUUGACGAGACUUUCCGCUGGCCGGUGGCGACCAACAUCGACGGGAAUGAGAUCCUGGAGAUCCAAGUGUUCAACUACAGCAAGGUCUUCACCAACAGGCUCAUCGGGACGUUCCGGAUGGUCCUGCAGAAGGUGGUGGCGGAAGGGCAGCUGGAGGUGACGGACACGCUCAUCGACGACAACAACUCCGCCAUCCAGACCAGCAUCUCCAUAGAGAUCCGGUACCAGGCUCUGGACGGGACCGUGGGCACCUGGAACGACAAGGAAUUCCUGGAGACGCCCAGCGUGCACUCGGAGGGGGAUGGAAGGUAUUCCUUGGAGACCGACAGCCUCCUGUCCGGCCACCGGCACGGCUCCGACGUCUCUCCCGGGAAAUCCAACCAGCAAUCCAUGGAGAGGAGCUUCAGGAGGAUGGAAGAGGACGAGCUGUACUUCCACAGCGAGGAUGAGCUCCUGGGAGAAGGGGAUUCCCUGAGCCAGGGUUCCCUGGACACCAGCCUUGGAGACGAAGCAGAAGAAGACCAGCAUUCCAGGAUUAAGUUUAACGAUGGAUACAAGGCAGUGGCAAGCGAAGACCCGGAAGAUCCCAGAGCCAAGGCCAAGGGGAGAGAGAAAAAACACCUGGUGUUGCCGUUCAGCAAGGGCAAGGAGAAGACCAAGGAGCACAAAGCUGGAAAAGGAGUUUUCUCAGCCAUGAAGCUUGGAAAGACGCGCCCGUCCAAGGAUGAGCAUCGGAAACAAGACGAUCCGGCCGUUCUGGAAACAGAAGACCUGGACAGAAAGGCCAUGAGAUACGGAGCGGGCCUGGAGCCAGACACCGUCUCCCUGGCCUCUGUCACCGCUGUCACCACCAAUGUCUCCAACAAAAGGUCCAAGCCUGACAUCAGGAUGGAGCCGAGUGCCGGGAGACCCAUGGAUUACCAGGUCAGCGUCACCAUCAUCGAGGCCCGGCAGCUCGUGGGGCUCAACAUGGACCCCGUGGUGUGCGUGGAGGUGGGGGAGGAGAAGAAAUACACGUCCAUGAAGGAAUCCACCAACUGUCCUUACUACAACGAGUAUUUUGUCUUCGAUUUCCACGUCCCCCCCGACGUCAUGUUCGACAAGAUCAUCAAGCUCUCUGUGAUCCACUCCAAGAACCUCCUGCGGAGCGGGACGCUGGUGGGGUCCUUCAAGAUGGAUGUUGGGACCGUUUAUACCCAGCCUGAGCACCAGUUCUACCACAAAUGGGCCAUCCUGUCCGACCCCGAGGACCUCACGGCCGGCCUCAAGGGCUACCUCAAGUGUGACAUCGCCGUGGUGGGCAAGGGGGACAACAUCAAGACCCCACAUAAGGCCAACGAGACGGACGAGGAUGACAUCGAAGGGAACCUCCUGCUCCCGGACGGGGUCCCCGCGGAGCGGCAGUGGGCGCGGUUCUACAUCAAGAUCUACCGCGCCGAGGGGCUGCCGCGGAUGAACACCAGCAUCAUGGCCAACGUCAAGAAGGCCCUCAUCGGCGAGAACAAGGACCUGGUGGACCCCUACGUGCAGGUGGCCUUCGCGGGGCAGAAGGGAAAGACAUCCAUACAAAAGAGCAGCUACGAGCCCCUCUGGAACGAGCAGAUCAUCUUCACGGAGAUGUUUCCCCCGCUGUGCAAACGGAUCAAGAUCCAGAUCCGGGACUCAGACAAGGUCAAUGACGUGGCCAUCGGGACGCAUUUCAUCGAUCUGAGGAAGAUCUCCAACGAAGGGGACAAAGGUUUCCUGCCCACCUUCGGCCCCGCCUGGGUGAACAUGUACGGCUCCACCCGGAACUACACCCUGAUGGACGAGCACCAGGAGCUCAACGAGGGCCUGGGCGAGGGCGUCUCCUUCCGCGCCCGGCUCCUGCUGGGGCUGGCCGUGGAGAUCCUGGACACCACCAACCCCGAGAUCAACAGCUCCACCGAGGUGCAGGUGGAGCAGGCCACGGCCGUGGCUGACAACUGCAGCGGAAAGAUGGAGGAAUUCUUCCUCUUCGGAGCCUUCCUGGAGGCCACCAUGAUCGACAGGAAGAUUGGGGACAAACCCAUUAACUUCGAGGUCACCAUAGGUAACUAUGGCAACCAGGUGGACGGCUGCAGCAAACCCCUCCUGCGGAGGAAGAAAGAGGGAGGGGACGGGGACGAGGAGGAGUCAGAGCUGCUCCAGAAUUCCAGUGAGGAUGAAGGUGGUGAGGAUGGAGAGCUGGUUUCUGUUUCUUCAUCCCAGCCCAUGAAGCCCCUGGUCACAGACAGGAAUUACUUCCACCUGCCCUACCUGGAGAAGAAGCCCUGCAUCUACAUCCGGAGCUGGUGGCAGGACCAGCGGCGCCGGCUCUACAACGCCAACAUCAUGGACAAGAUCGCCGACAAGCUGGAGGAAGGGCUCAACGACGUGCAGGAGAUGAUCAAGACGGAGAAGCCGCACCCGGAGCGCCGGCUGCGGGGCGUCCUGGAGGAGCUGAGCAGUGGCUGCCUGCGCUUCCUGACCCUGGCUGACAAGGACCAGCACCACUCGUCCCGCACGAGGCUGGACCGGGAGAGGCUCAAAUCCUGCAUGCGGGAGCUGGAGAACAUGGCCCAGCAGGCCACGGCCCUGCGCUCCCAGGUGAAGAGGAACACCAUGAAGGACAAGCUGAAGCUGGUGCAGAACUUCCUGCAGAAGCUGCGGUUCCUGGCGGAUGAGCCCCAGCACACGAUUCCCGAUGUUUUCAUCUGGAUGAUGAGCAACAACAAGCGCAUCGCCUACGCGCGCAUCCCUUCCAAGGACAUCCUGUACUCCAUCGUGGACGAGGAGAUGGGCAAGGACUGCGCCAAAGUGAAGACGGUUUUCCUCAAGCUCCCCGGGAAGAGGGGCUUCGGCCCUGCUGGCUGGACAGUGCAGGCCAAGAUGGAGAUCUACCUGUGGCUGGGCCUCAACAAGCAGCGCAAGGACUUCCUGAGCGGCCUCCCCUGUGGCUUCGAGGAGAAGAAAAUCCCCCGAGGCCAAAACCUGCCCUCCUUCCCACCCAUCAGCCUCCUGUACACCAAGAAGCAGGUGUUCCAGCUGCGAGCCCACAUGUACCAAGCCAGGAGUCUGUUCGCAGCCGACAGCAGCGGCCUCUCGGAUCCCUUUGCGCGGGUCUUCUUCAUCUCCCAGAGCCAGUGCACCGAGGUUCUCAACGAGACCCUCUGCCCAACCUGGGACCAGCUCCUGGUGUUCGACAACGUGGAGCUGUACGGGGAAGCUCACGAGAUGCGGGAUGACCCCCCCAUCAUUGUCAUCGAGAUCUAUGACCAGGACACCGUGGGAAAAGCCGACUUCAUGGGCCGGACGUUCGCCAAGCCAGUGGUGAAGAUGUCGGACGAGCAGUACUGCCCGCCGCGCUUCCCGCCGCAGCUGGAAUAUUACCAGAUCUACCGCGGCAACGCCACGGCCGGGGACCUGCUGGCCGCCUUCGAGCUGCUCCAGAUCGGCCCUGGGGGUAAAUCAGACCUGCCCCCCAUCGACGGCCCCACAGACAUGGACCGAGGCCCCAUCCUGCCGGUGCCUCUGGGAAUUCGGCCAGUGCUGAGCAGAUACAGAGUGGAGAUCUUGUUCUGGGGGCUCAGGGACCUGAAGAGAGUGAACCUGGCCCAGGUGGACCGGCCCCGCGUGGACAUCGAGUGUGCCGGGAAGGGCGUCCAGUCUGCCCUGAUCCAGAACUACAAGAAAAACCCCAACUUCAGCACUUUGGUCAAGUGGUUCGAGGUGGACCUCCCGGAGAACGAGCUGCUGCACCCACCCCUGAACAUCCGCGUGGUGGACUGCCGCGCCUUCGGGCGCUACACCCUGGUGGGCUCCCACACCGUCAGCUCCCUCCGCAAGUUCAUCUACCGCCCGCCCGACAGGAAAGCCCAGCACUGGAACAUGGCAGGGGAGAUCGUUGUCAACAUGGAACCCGAGGUUCCCAUCAAGAAGAUGGACACGAUGGUGAAGCUGGAAGCCAAUUCUGACGCAGUGGUGAAGGUGGAUGUGACCGAGGAAGAGAAGGAGAAAAAGAAGAAGAAGAAGAAAGGAGGAGGAGGAGGUGGAGGUGGGGAGGAAGUGGAGGAGGAGGAGCCGGACGAGAGCAUGUUGGACUGGUGGUCCAAGUACUUCGCUUCCAUUGAGACGAUGAAGGAGCAACUCCGGCAGCAGGAGGCAGCCGUGGCAGAAGCAGAGGAGAAGGAAGAGAUGGAGAUCGGAGAGGGCUCCAAGGCUCAGGUGAAGAACAAGGACAAGGACAAGUCCAAGGCACCCAAGGAUGACAAGAAAAAGAAGCAGCAGCCUGUCCCUGAGCUCCCUGAGAAGAAGAACAAGCAGAAGAUCGAUGAGCUCAAGGUCUUCAACAAAGAGCUGGAAGCAGAGUUUGACAACUUUGAGGAUUGGCUGCACACCUUCAAUCUGCUCCGGGGGAAGAUCGGGGACAACGAUGACAACGCCACGGAGGAGGAGCGGAUAGUGGGGAGGUUCAAAGGCUCCAUGUGCGUCUACAAAGUGCCGCUCCCCGAUGAUGUCACCAAGGAGGCGGGGUAUGACCCCACCUUUGGGAUGUUCCAGGGGAUCCCCAGCAACGACCCCAUCAACGUGCUGGUCCGGGUCUACAUCGUGCGGGCCACGGACCUCCACCCGGCUGACAUCAACGGGAAAGCCGAUCCCUACAUCGCCAUCAAGCUGGGCAAGACGGACAUCAAGGACAAGGAGAAUUACAUCUCCAAGCAGCUGAACCCCGUCUUUGGGAAAUCCUUCGACAUCGAGGCCACCUUCCCCAUGGAGUCCAUGCUGACCGUGGCUGUGUACGACUGGGACCUGGUGGGCACCGACGACCUCAUCGGGGAGACCAAGAUCGACCUGGAGAAUCGCUUCUACAGCAAGCACCGAGCGACCUGCGGGGUGUCCCAGACCUACUCCAUCCACGGGUACAACACCUGGCGUGACCCCAUGAAGCCCUCCCAAAUCCUGUCCAAGCUGUGCAAAGAGGGAAAAGUGGAUGGGCCGCACUUCGGGCCAGGGGGAAGAGUGAAAGUUGCCAACAGGGUCUUCACGGGCCCCACAGAGAUCGAGGAUGAAAACGGCCAGAAGAAGCCGACGGACGAGCACCUGGCGCUGGCGGUGCUGCGGCACUGGGAGGACAUCCCGCGGGCCGGCUGCCGCCUCGUCCCCGAGCACGUGGAGACACGGCCGCUGCUCAACCCCGACAAGCCGGGCAUCGAGCAGGGCCGCCUGGAGAUGUGGGUGGACAUGUUCCCCAUGGAUAUGCCGGCACCCGGUCCUGCCAUCGAUAUUUCUCCCAGGAAACCAAAGAAGUACGAGCUCAGGGUGAUCGUGUGGAACACCGACGAGGUCAUCCUGGAGGACGACGACUACUUCACCGGCGAGAAGUCCAGCGACAUUUUUGUCAGGGGGUGGCUGAAGGGGCAGCAGGAGGACAAGCAGGACACAGAUGUCCAUUACCACUCCCUCACUGGUGAAGGCAACUUCAACUGGCGCUACAUCUUCCCCUUCGACUACCUGAUGGCCGAGGAGAAGAUCGUCAUCUCCAAGAAGGAGUCCAUGUUCUCCUGGGAUGAGACCGAGUACAAGAUCCCAGCCCGCCUCACCCUGCAGGUCUGGGACGCCGACCACUUCUCGGCUGAUGAUUUCCUGGGGGCCAUUGAGCUGGAUCUGAACCGCUUUCCCCGGGGAGCCAAGACUUCCAAGCAGUGCAGCCUGGAGAUGGUGACCAACGAGGCCGAGCUGCCCAUGAUCUCCAUCUUCAAGCAGAAGAGGGUCAAGGGCUGGUGGCCGUUUGUGGCCAGAGACGAGAACGAUGAGCUGGAGAUCACCGGCAAAGUCGAGGCCGAGCUGCACCUUCUGACAGCAGAGGAGGCCGAGAAAUCCCCCGCUGGGCUGGCUCGGAAUGAGCCGGAUCCCCUGGAGAAACCCAACCGCCCAGACACGUCGUUCAUCUGGUUCCUGAACCCACUCAAGUCCAUCAAAUACCUCAUCUGUACCCGCUACAAGUGGCUCAUCAUCAAGAUCGUGCUGGCCCUGCUGCUCCUCAUCAUGGUGGCCCUGUUCCUCUACAGCAUGCCGGGAUACAUGGUCAAGAAGCUGCUGGGAGCAUGAAGAGCAGGAACCUCUCUUGUGUCUCCAGCCCCUUGCACAACCUCCCCAGCUCCGUGUCCUUCUCCUCCCCGUGACCUAUGGGCAGCCCUGGGGGCAUCUCCUCCCUGCUGCUGGGUCUCUCCUUUGCAUUCCUUCUCUUCGGGUCCCAUUCAGCCUUUGGUCCCAGGGAAAUGGGGUGGGAGCACAGCACAGAUCCCCACACUCUGCAUCCCACACCAGGGCUGGGAGAGGUGUCCAGCUGCCUCCUAGGGGAGUCUCCGAGGCCUCUGCCUGUUGGGGUGUGGCUGGUGCCUUCCUGGGAAUCAGGGGAAGGAGAGGGGAGCUGGGUCUGCAUCAUUGGAGGUGUGAAAGUGCUGCAGGAAGGCUCCUGAGAGGAAUGUUCAGAAUCCAGGAUGGAGCAGCUGGGGACGUCCCAGCCCCACCAGAGUGAGGGCACAGAGCAUCCGCAGUGCCUGUCCACACUGCCAGCACUGUUCCUGCUCCACUCGGAGCUCUGGAGGUCACAUUCCCUGGAACAGGGAUCUGUCCUACCUCAGGAAUGCUUGACACGGUGCCCCAGCAGGCCCUGCAGAGAGCCCUGGGACAGCUCCCAUGGCUCCGGCAGGGACUUGGACAUGUCCCACAGCUCAAACGUCUUCCCAAGAUCACCCACCCAGAGGUGGCUGUGGCUGGACAUCCCCAGGGCUCCCAGAUCCUCUGACACAGUGUGAGCUCCCGGUGUCCUUCUGGAUUAUCUGUGUAUUUUGUUUGGCUUGGUAAUUCUUGUGGCUGGAGUCUUUCUGGCCGUGUGUCCUUGGGAAGAGCCCUUUCCUCAGCUCUCCAUGAUAUCCAGCUGCUGCAGAGCCGCCUUUCUCAGCUCCCAGUGUGCAAGUCCCCCACUGAAGAAUUGAGGACAUCUCAGAGAUGUUUUAAUGAGGAUAUUACUGUUCCAAUCAGUCAAUAAAAUCCAGCUUUCACAUCUGGGUUCUUGUGAUAGUGGGUGUUGUGGUUUGACACUGGCCAAACGCCAGGCACCUACGAAAGCUGUUCCUUAAAAAAAAAAAGAAAAUCAGCAAAGGGUUGAUGAGCUGAGACGAGGAUUGGGAGAAAAAUGCUCUAAGGGCAAGACAGGUUCAAAUUUAAAGGUAGAAAGUAAAUUUAUUUUUAAGAGAGUUCUCGAGCUGCUCAUGGGUUGAGAAUCAUAAAAGGCCAAGAGCAUUUUCUGGUUAUUACAAAGUUGUUCAUUAUAUAUAUGCAUCAGUCUUGAAGGCAAGAGUUCUGAACAUGGGAUCUUACUAAAAGUUAUAAAGCUUUAUAAGUCCCAGUGGGGUGUAACAGCAAAUUGAUAGAGAGUCCUGACCACAGGGAAGAACAAACUGACAAAGGGUCCCAUCCAUAGGGAAAAGACAGAUGGACAAGGGGUCCCAGCCACAGGGAGAGGCAGCUGGACAAGGGGUCCCGGCCACAAGGG